CUCAGGUUUCAGGAAGUCUUGAGGCUUUAACACAGUCUGUGUCUUUAACUGUCUGUCAUCAUUCAGUCAGUAUGGAGCUCAGUCAACUUCCUCUUGUGCUCUUGCUGAUUUCCAACAUCUACUAUGGACAAACUGAAGAAAGACCAAAAGCUAAAGUGAGCAUUAAACCUGGUCAACAUGUAUUCAGAGGAGAGACAGUCACUCUCAGAUGUGACAUUGAUGGUGAAGGAGUCACUAGCUGGAAGUACAGCUGGUAUAAAGACGGUUCAGACAGUGUUUUCAGUGAACUACAGGAACACACAUUCAGUUCUGUUACUAAGUCUGACAAAGGUAAAUACUCCUGCUAUGGAGCAGAGAGAGGAGGAUCACGAACAUCAUACUUCAGUGAUGAAGUUACACUGACAGUAUCAGAUAGACCCAAGGCAGUUUUAAGUGUUUAUCCUCAGAAGUGGUUGACUGAAGGAGAUCCAGUGACUCUGAUCUGUGAGGUUAAAGGCUCCUCUACAGGCUGGACAUUCAGCUGGUUCACUGUAACUGCUUCAUCAGACUACAGAAAUCGUUAUCAGCUGCUCUCAGACAGCAGCAGAGGAGCUGGAGGAAACUACACGGUCAGUUCUGCUGCUCUAAAUCACACAGGAGUUUAUGUGUGCAGAGCAGAGAAAGGAAAACCAGUCUAUGACACAACCUACAGCAACAAACAGCCACUAUGGGUCACUGGUGUUUCUCCUCCAGUCUCUCUGAUCAUCAGUCCCAGCAGAACUCAACACUUCACAUCUGUCUCUCUCUCUCUGAGCUGUGAGGACCAGAGUAAUUCUGAAAGAUGGAGAGUAAGAAGAUACACAGACAAUGAGCAACUGGAAGAUUGUUCAUCAUCUCUGUGGGGAACACAGACAGGAUCUACAUGUACAAUCAACUCCACCAGAACAUCAGACACUGGAGUGUACUGGUGUCAGUCUGAAUCUGGAGAGAACUAUCAUCCUGUUAAUAUCACUGUACACUUUUCUCAUUCAGAAUCUCAGAUCUCUGUCCUCCACACACUCAGUUCUGUACUGACAGUUUGUCCAUAUCUGAUAGUGACAGUCGUGCUGAUCUUCAAAUGCUGCAGGAUGAGAGUUUACCGUCCGCCGCUGGAUCUGUCGACAAGGACAGCUCCUGUAAAUGUAAGCGUACUGGCCAACCAAACAACCCAAGAAGAGUUUGGGACAAGAGGAGAGAAAGAGCGAGGAUCCCUAGACACGUUUGACUUGAAGCAGCGUUGGGCAGAAUGAUCACUCAUCCGUUAAAUCCAGGAUUUAUCCGUCUGAUUGAUGGCUGUCAGCAGUUGGGUAGAAGACAACAAAUCCCAUCAUUCCACGCUCCUUCUUAGCGUCAUCAAACCACACAAUUAUUAUUGUUUUGGUAGUGCGCCCUCUAGUGGCAGGUCCUACAACCUGUACCUUUAAUGCUGUUUGGCUGAAUGUGCAUGUGGUCAAAUUAACAUUUGUGUUUGUGUGCAUGCAUCACUGUCCUCCUUUGACUUGCAGCUAAUGGUUGUUAGAUUCAACAUGAACCAGAAUUUCAAACCCUUGGACUUCUGAGUGAAACGAGAAAUUUUACAAGAAUACAUGUGGAGCAGAAAUUGAUUUUACUCUGCAUUCCAUCAAUUUUCUUCUUUGUAAUUGCUAAAGAAUUAUCUGAUUUAUGUUAAAAAAAACAGUGACUCAACUAAACUGUUUGUUCAUAAAGUUUUGGAAGCUUAUCUUACAUUACUGCUUUUUGUUCAGUUGCUUUUCAGUAUUAUUGUAUCAUGAACUUUAAAGUUUAAUGUUUUUAUUUUGUUCUGCUUUAAUAUCGUAAUCUAGUUCAAUCUUUUACAGUAUAAGUCUUAGUGCAACUAUGUUAUGUAGCCUCUGUGAUGUUUGCCUGCUUUACAGCCACAUGAACAUGUAAUUUGUAAGCAUUUUUAUUCAUUAUUCUUUAGUGUAUUCUUUAUUCAUGACUUGUAUUGUUACAAUUCUCUGCAAGUUUUAUGUAUUUUGAACUGUUAUUAUUUUCUUUUUCAUUUCUUUUUUUU